ACUCGGCGCCGUACGUCGAAUCAGUUUAGUGAGCCAUCUCGAGCCUGUAUCGUCACCCAUACCCGCCGGGAAAGAAGAAGAAGAACCUGCCCGCAGCCAUGAAGCUGAUCGUCGUCUUCGCCGCCGUUGUCGCCGUCGUCCUCGCGGCACCCCCUCACGACUACAGCCAGACGGUCCUGGUAAAGGAGACGCCGCUGGACAACAUCGGCCUCGACGGGUACCAGUACGGCUACGAGCUCUCCAGCGGCCAGGCCCAUCAGGAGUCCGCUCAGCUGGUGAAUGCCGGCAGCGAGAACGAGGCCCUCGUCGUCCGCGGUAGCUACUCCUACGUCGACCCGGACACCAACGUCAGGUACACCGUCAACUACGUCGCCGACGAGAACGGAUUCCAUCCCGAGGGAGCGCACCUGCCGUCCGUCUAAGCCCUAACGAGAGUCGUACCUGCAAAUAUUAUUAUCCACAUUCUCGCACUUUCCAUCUAAUCUACGCUCGGAGAGAAGCUCAACCCUUUCGAGCUUUCAAUCGCAACGAUCAUACACGUGACACACACACACACACAUACAUGACCUAGUUCUAAAUAAAUUGAUCUUUACUUAAUACUUCCUGUGUGAAUAAAUUAUUCCUCAAUUUCUCCAUUUUUGACACGUUACUCCAAUUUCACUGAUGAAUAAGUAGCAUCCAUUCAGCGAGAUGAGAGUUUUAAUCCUGAAGAUUAUAACGAAUUCCAGAGCAAACACGCAAUUUGAAUGAAUAAUAAUCGUUUGAUUUCAUUAAUUUACUUUCAAGCCUUUAACGUAUUAGACAAAUAAUCUGUAAUAAUCUGUUUUUUAAUAAAAACAAAAUCACGUGCA